AUUUCACCCCACAGGACCACAGCACGACCUCCAAACAUCCCAGCAUUAUUUCCUCAAUACCUCCAUAAUAAGUACAUAAUCUUUAUACCCGAAUCAUAAAGCAGCCGUCAAACCCGGCGGAUCCAUCACAAUGGGCCCGAAAGCGAAGAAAGGCGGAGGGAACGAAAAGUCGAAAUCGGCGGAGGAAGAGCGAGAAGAUCCGCUCCAGGCAGUGGUCCUCGCAGAUGCCUUCGAGACUCGAUUUCAACCGUUUACUGUCGAGCGACCACGAUGCUUGAUCACCCUCGCGAACACGCCGCUCAUACACUACACUUUGGAAUUCUUAGCAAAUGCAGGUGUGGAGGAGGUAUAUGUCUAUUGCGGUUCGCAUAAGGAGCAGGUGGAGGACUAUAUAAACACCUCAAAAUGGAACUCGACCUCCUCCCCAUUUUCGAAACUCGAAAUCAUCCGGUCGACAUCGAGAUCGGUCGGCGACGCAAUGCGCGACUUGGAUAAGCGAAAUAUUCUGGUAAACGACUUCAUCAUCGUAUAUGGCGAUCUGGUCAGCAACGUGCCUCUGGAAGCGGCUCUUGCCGAGCAUCGCGCACGACGAGCAAAGGAUCCUUCCGCCAUCAUGACCAUGGUGCUCCGGGAAGCCGGAAGGCAUCAUCGGACGAAAGCGAUCCGGAGAAAGCCAGUGUUUGUGAUGGACCGGAACGAGAGUUCGAGCAACCGAUGCCUGCAUUACGAAGAAAUGCACUCCCUACCAGGAGGCCGGUACACUAGUAUCGACGAAGAGAUCCUCACCUCCACUGCCUCGCUCGACAUUCGCGGAGACUUGAUCGACUGCGGCAUUGACAUCUGCACCCCGGAUGUGAUCGCGCAAUGGAGUGAUAAUUUCGACUGGGAGGUCCCACGGAGCGGAUUCCUGUAUGGCGUUUUGAAAGACUACGAGCUCAAUGGCAAGACGAUCCACGUGCAUAUAGUCGAGGACCACUACGCCGCCCGCGCUCAGAAUAUCCGUUCGUAUGAUGCCGUUAGCAAGGACGUCAUCUCGCGAUGGGCGUAUCCUCUGUCUCCGGACAGCAACCUCCUCCAUACGCAAUCCUACAAGCUCCAAAAAGGCAACGUUUACAAGGAAGAUGGCGUCAUUCUGUCGAGAUCCUGCAUUAUCAACGGCGGAACCGUUCUCGGGCAAGGCACCAGCGUCGGGGAUCGAACCAGAAUUAGCAAAUGUGUUAUUGGACGUCGGUGUCAAAUUGGCCGAGACGUUCAGUUAGAAGGCGCGUACAUCUGGGACGAUACAGUUAUCGCGGACGGAGCAGAUGUUCGACAGGCGAUCAUCGCCAAUGAAGCCGUCGUGGGCAAAAACUGCAAAGUCGAACCCGGCGCAUUGAUAUCUUAUGGUGUUCGCAUUGCGGAUGGGUUCACUGUGCCAGGCACAGCCAGGCUUACGAGAUACAGGUCGGAGGAUGAUGGGAAUCCGAUCAAGGGAGAAACAGACCCUGCGGCAGUGGGAGACACUGGCGAAGGCUUCCAGUUUAUCGAUCCGGAUGCCGACGAGGAGGAGGUGGAAGCUGACACAUCAGGUUUAGGGAAACUGGCUCACAUGAACCUGUCGACGGAUUCCAUAUCGACGCUCGAUUCCGAGGGAGAUCUAUCCGAUGAGGAACCCCGACAUCACGACCGGGACGCCGGAGGAAGCAUGGUGUCGUUAGUAUCGGACGACAGCAGCAUGGCACCGCAGUCGGCCGCGGAUUUCCACCAUGACGCCACAGCCAGCCUGCUCGACUCAUUACAGAAAGGCGACCAGCCCGAGAACAUCGCCCUCGAGCUGAACGGGCUGCGGAUGGCAACGAAUGCCAGCGAAAGCCAAGUGCGGAAAUCCGUGGUGGCCGCGUUCAUGAAGCGGGUAUCGCAGGUGAUGGAGGACGGCGCGACGGUGCAGCAAUCCGUGGAAACGGCAUUAGGCAAUUUCGGGGAUCUGUUGAAGCGGACGAUGUUCGAUCAGAACCUGGAGGAGAAGAACGAUCAGGUGGACUUCAUGCUGCUCAUCCAGGCGGACAUGGUGCAUCGGAGCAAGGGGGACACGAUCUUGCCGUUCGUGGCGCGGCAGUUGCAUGCGAUGGAGGUGGUUGAGGAGGAGGGGUUCGAGCAGUGGUGGAACGACCCGCGCAGUUCAAAGGAUGCGGCGAUGGUGCAAGUGAGGAUGAAGACGGAGCCGUUCGUGGAUUACCUACUGCAGUCGGACGACGAGUCGGAUGAGGAUGAGGAUGAAGAGAGCGAGGAAGACGAGUGAUGAGCGCACGACUGGCAGCGUGAUAUCUGGGCUGCUUGGCUAUACGACGUCUCGAGAGGGAACUUUCUGCAAUGCCGUCACGAUGUUCCUAUUUCAUGAUAGGGAUUCGACCAAACUGGAAAGGGGAUCGGUUCCGGAAUGUCGACACAUACUUCGGCUCCUCGCAUCUAAUCAUUCAUCCCUCAUAAAUGGAGAUUCAGCGCCCCUUCAGUUCCGCAAUCGGCAAAUUCUGUACAAUAUAAGGAUAGAUCCAUGCGCGUCCCAUGGUCGCUUGACGACAGAUCAAGUCACAAGUGAGUUCCUUGCGUGUACGGAAUUGGUAGUAAGUAGUAUCGUUGUCCUAGCCCGGAAUGACAUCAGCAGGGGCAUGGCCCGCGAGGAAUCUCGUGCUAGUACGCCAUCGUUACCA